UGUCUCUCCCCUAGGGAAUCGUGUCGACUUUCUCUCUCUAGGUCUUUUUAGGUUUUUCUUCGUCUCUUUUGCAGGCUUUUUCACGGUGAUCGCGAGAAGUAAAAGAAGAACCAGAGAGAGAGAGAGAGAGAGAGAGAAGAGAGAGAGAGAGAGAGAAGGUCUUGGUUAUGGAGCUCAGUCUUUUCACUACAACAAUACUACAGACUUUCUUCACCUAACACGUAAACCCAUUUCCGAACCAACCUGCAAUUCAUCCGUACGCCUUAACUCCAUUUCUUUCUUUGUCUCCGACUUGAUUUCUGCGCCAGGAAAGUGCAAAGAUGACAAUGUCUUGGUCCGACGACGUCACCGGGUCGACUCAGUCCGCGACUCGCGUGGUUCCUUACGUCCCUCCCCACCUCAGGAACAGCGUCGUCAACAAUGGCGCGCACUCGUUCGACAACGGGAACUCGUACGGUUCGUACUCGACCGAGUCGACUCAGCACGGUUUCCGCUCGAACCGUCCGGGCUCGGCCGGUUCGAGCCGCAGCAGUCGAGGCCGCGGUGGCCGACGUGGCCAGUGGCGCGGCCGCGGCCGAAAAUCUUUGGGAUCGAGCCGGAGCCUUAGCCAAGAAAUAUUCGAGGUUUGCGAGAAGUUCGACGACCUAGAAGUUUCCGAGGAGGACGGAAAUGGCGGCGGCGGCGGAGGUGGAGGAGGAAUCAAUUUCGACGCGUACGAGGAUAUUCCGGUGGAGGCGAACGGUACGGACAUUCCUACGGCGGCGAACACGUUCGUGGAGAUUUGUUUGGGGGAGCGGUUGAGCGAAAACAUCAAGAGGUGCAAGUAUGUGAGGCCCACGCCUAUUCAGCGCCACGCCAUUCCGAUCGCCGUCGCCGGCCGUGAUCUCAUGGCCUGCGCGCAGACCGGUUCCGGCAAAACGGCGGCGUUUUGCUUCCCGAUCAUCAGUGGGAUUAUCAAGAGCCGUUCGCCCCGUUUCGGUGGUCAGACGACGGGCGUGUGCUUUCCCAGCGCUCUCAUUCUCACUCCGACUCGAGAGUUGGCUAGUCAGAUUCAUGACGAGGCAAAGAAGUUUGCUUAUCAAACUGGGGUGAAAAUUGUUGUUGCUUAUGGCGGGGCGUCAAUUUCUCAUCAGUUUCGGAAUUUGGAAAAAGGUGUAGAUAUCCUAGUUGCAACUCCCGGACGCUUAGUUGACAUGAUUGAGAGAGGAAGAAUUUCACUGAGAUUGAUAAAAUAUUUGACCCUAGAUGAGGCUGAUAGGAUGUUGGACAUGGGUUUUGAGCCCCAGAUCAGGAAGAUUGUUGAGAGAAUGGACAUGCCCAAGCCAGGAGUAAGGCAAACAAUGCUGUUUAGUGCCACGUUCCCAAGUGAGAUACAGAGGCUGGCAUCGGAUUUCCUUUCAAACUACGUAUUUCUGGCUGUUGGCAGGGUUGGUUCAAGCACUGAUCUUAUUGCGCAGAAGGUUGACUAUGUUGAGGAUAUGGAUAAAAGACACUAUCUAAUGCAUAUUCUUCAUGACCAAAAGGUUAAUGGAACCUGUGGAAAGCAUGCUUUGACCCUGGUUUUUGUCGAGACAAAGAAGAGAGCAGAUGCCUUGGAAUACUGGCUGUCUGUGAAUGGUUUUCCAGCAAUCGCGAUACAUGGAGAUAAAGUUCAAAUGGAGAGAGAACGAGCUCUGAAAUCUUUCAAAAGCGGUGCUACUCCAAUUAUGGUGGCCACAGACGUUGCUUCACGUGGUUUGGACAUCCCUAAUGUUGCGCAUGUCAUUAAUUUCGACCUGCCAAGAGACAUAGAUGACUAUGUUCAUCGGAUAGGAAGGACAGGACGUGCUGGUAAAUCUGGUAUUGCAACUGCUUUUUUCAGCGAGAAGAAUCUCCCACUGGCAAAGGUGCUUGUCGAACUCAUGAAUGAAUCCAAUCAGGAGAUUCCUGACUGGCUUCACCAAUAUGCUGAGACAUCGAUUUCCAGUAGCGGGGGCCAACGCCAUGGGAGCAGCAAGUUUGCCGCCUAUGACUACCGAAGUACCACAUCAGGGAACGAAAACUAUUACUAUUCUAGCAGUUAUGGUGGUGCAGAUUCUUUUGAUCCUAAUGUUGCUUCUCCAUGUGAUGUUUCGGGUGCCGCUCCUAGUAGCAGUCAGCAUCAUCUCUCUCCCAAUGCAGAGCCAUAUGCUGCUGGUCAAUAUGCAUACGGGGGAGGCUAUGAAACUGUUGUUGCCACUGGCUGGGACUAGAACUUGCAUCUGGUUUUCCUUUUGACGACAGUUUAUAGGUUCGAGUCUCGACAUAAGGAAUAUCCAAUGACAGUAUUUGGUAGUUACAGUGGUAGUUUUAACAUCAAAAUCCUGCUGAAGAUGAAAUACAAGUUGGAAGCUAACAAAACACCCUCCUAGUCUGUACUUUGUUUCUUUUUGUAUGCGUUCUUGAAUAAAUACAGGACACCCUUCUUCAGCUGGAGUAUAGAUCUAUAUGGUUAACUAAACCUCUUUUGACCAAUAAAUUUAGACAAAUAUUUCGGUACCAAGCUUAGAAAAGUUGUCUUUUUGUCUCUUUCGUUUCGCCCCCUCAAUUGUUCAUUAUUGAGAUGAAUCUACUUUAUGCUAUACGUGUGAAGCAUGAUAUUUGGAUCAGCUUGAGUUAAAAG